AUGUUCCGCUCGCCAAAGCCUGGCGAUUGGGCUGCCGAAGACGACGACACGUCGCCUCUGCCUACACCAAAAAUGCCAUCUCUUACCGCAGAACAUGCUUCAACCUCAAUCCUUGCGCCACGACAGGAUGCUCGAGGAGACGAGCGCAGCAUUAGCGGCGGGCGCUUUGAUCGGGAUAGAAGUAGCAGUGGGGGGCGUUUUGAACGAGACGCGGGACGCUUUAACCGGGACAGAGACAAUAGUGGACGUUUUGAUCGAGACAGAGACAACAGUGGACGUUUUGAUCGGGACAGAGACAAUAGUGGACGUUUUGACCGGGACAGAGACACUAGUGGACGUUUUGAACGGGACAGAGACAAUAGUGGACGUUUUGACCGGGAACGAGACAGUAGUGGACGUUUUGAACGGGACAGAGACAAUAGUGGACGUUUUGAACGGGACAGAGACAACGACCGAGGAGGGGGGCGUGCUGAUGCCGGUAGAUGGGGACACAAGGCCGACAGACAAGAUGGUGGCGACAGACGGGCUGGUGGUCGAAAUUUGCUUGUGGAGCAGGGCUUUGUCGUGUCCAUAAAGGAAAAUUUUGGAUUUGUGAGCUGUAUGGAGAGGAACGGAGACUUAUUUUUUCACAUCUCAGAGGCACCCGUGGGCGUCCAAUUGCAGGAUGAGGUGGAGUUCCGAGUAAGCUUUAACCAACGGUCGGACAAGGAGAUGGCCUGUCAGUUGGUAGCACUGCCCAAGGGAACUAUCAAGGUAGAAGAAGUUGCAGACGAGCUGCUUGACGGUAUUGUUACGAAAAGUUUGCCACGUGGAGGACAUGGAAACGGUCGAGGGUUUUAUAAUAAUCGUGACGAUGAUCGUCACCAGCACCGUGAAGAAUAUGGAUUGAUUGAGGUGAAAAAGAUGAAGGACAGUGAGAGGAGUGAAAGUGCAAAGGAAGCAGCUUCGGAAGAUCAGGAACAGAAUGAUGAUAAUACAGAGAAGAAGACACUUGACAUACGCGAGUUUGUACGUUUUACAAGCGAUAGUGUUGCUGCUUUGGAGCCAAAGAGUAGCGACGAGGAUCAAGAAGAAAACAACCGAAUAAAGAAGAAUUUAAUUCCGCACUUCGGCGACGAGGUGCGUUUCCGUAUUGCAAAGCACCGCAGGACGGGAGUAAAGCGCGCGGUGGAUAUCACGAUUGUCAUGUCUGCGCGGGAUAAAGUGAAGAAGAAGAUUGAAGCUAAAUUAGCGACAAUGAUGCGUGAGUUUGGCGUGGUGGAUCGCGUGAAGAACGGUGGUGGAUUCAUUAAGUGCUGCGACCGUCCUGUGGACAUUUACUUCCCCUUUCAUGAAAUCUGUGAGUCAGCGCAGGCCGAUGAGGAGAACAAGACGAGCGACGAGAAGGACAGCGAAAUGACAGAAACUGGUGGAUAUCCUCGCCGUGGUCGUCAAGGGAAAGGACCUUCUAUCCGUGAAGGUGAUGAAGUUUCUUUUUUUGUGUACGAGGACGAGGAGGACGAUUCUGCUCGCUCUCGACCGCGUCUGACAGCGCUCCGUGUGCAGAAGCUCCCUGCUGGCACUGUUUCUUUCGAGGAGCUAUUACGUGCUGAUGUCGAGGGUUUUGUGUUAAAGCUUCCAAAGGAACCUCGAAAUGGUCCUGAGGUAAUUGGUUCAAUUGCUGUUUCGUCUGUUGACUUAGGUAUUGCUGAAAAAGUUGAAGAGAUGAAAGAUGUUGUCGUUGAAGCUAUGUCGGAAAGUGAAGGAAAGUCUUCGAAGAAAAAUAAGAAUAAGGAUGGCAAACCUAAAGUGGCCUUCCGGUUGUGUGACGUACAUGACGUGAGCUACGUUCCCCACAUCGGCGAUAAGGUAGCUUUCGACAAGGUGCUGGACAAACGCACGGGCGAGAUGAAAGCUGUGAGGGUGCGAGUGGUACAGCUAAAUUCUAAGAACCGUGAGACCGGCAUAAUCAACGCUAUGAAGGAAGAUUUUGGUUUCAUCAAGUGUGCUGAGAGAUCAGGAGAUGCCUACUUCCGUUUUUCUGAUGUCAUGGGCACGCAUCGGAGCUUUAACAAUGGCACGGAGGUGGCGUUUGACAUUAUUGUUGAUAACAAGUCGGACCAUAUUCGCGCGGCCCGUCUUCAAAUCUUGCCAAGAGGAACUGUCCAGUGGGAAUACGUUGCUGGCGAAGGUCUAGAGGGCAAGAUUGUGGCAGCGCCUAUCUCGCGGAGAGGUAACUCUUCCAGCCGCGGUGGUAGCGGGGACAAAACAAAUCAGUUGCAAAAGUUUGUACCUGGUAAAAUUAGCUUCGUCGCUCCGCAGAAGCAGCACUUGAUUGAUUUUCUCCCGGACCUAAAGCAGAAGCUUGAUGCUGCUUUUAUUGCGUCAGAAGACGUUGCCGAGGAGACGCAGAAGGUGGAGGUCGAGAAGGAGGAGUCAAAGGAGACUGAAGAAAUCCGGAUCUCAUUCCCGAGCACUCUGUCCAAAUUUGAACGUGCUGCCUUGCAAGAUUACAGUGACUGGCUUGGACUAAAGUAUGCAAGCAGUGGAGAAGGUUUCCAUCGACAGCUUGAAAUUGUUGGUAGCAAAAUGGUCUUGAUGAAGACAUUAGAAACGAAACUUGCAACGUCUGCACCAGAGCUGACAGUAGAAUUUAAGGAAGAUGACGUGGACGGUGUGCGAUAUAUUCCGCGUGUGGGAGAUCGCGUCAGGUUUGAUCUUGUGAUUGUCAAGCGAACCAAGCAGUUCCAAUGUAAAUCAAUCUCGUGUCUAGAGGCAGCCGCCAACACCAAUACCAAGGCAGCCAGCGCAAAGAAUGACGCGGUUAAUGGAGAAGGGUUUAUUGUAUCUGUGAAACCAGAAGGAUUUGGCUUCAUUCAGCCUGCUCAACCAGUACCUGGGUCGUUCGAAGAGAACUUGUUCUUUCAUGUCAAGGAGAUCACGACGGGGCAGACUUUGGCAGAGCUGAAGGAAGGUACUGAGGUCCAGUACACGAUAUUUGUUGACGAGAAGAAGAAAAAGAGACGCGCGAUGGGUAUCAGCGUCGUGCCAGCGGGGACUAUCAAGAAUGUGGUGCCUGAAUCCGUAAAGGGUGUUGUCACAAAAGCAAGCUUUUUGCAUCGCUUCAAGGGCGGAGCGAAGGGUCGAUUCACGAAGUCAAACAACAAAGCAAGUACAUUAGGACGUAUCCGGCUGGCAGCUGCUGGGAGUAGUGCUGAAGACGAUGCUGCUGCUAGUGGUGUUGAUGCAGAUGAAGAUGGAGACAGCGAUGACGAAACUGAUGAGGCCGCAGAGACGAUGCAGGAUAGUGGCGAGGCAAAAUGCGGGGAUGCAGAAACGGAGGAACCUUUUGCUUCUGAAGAGACAAAGAGGAUAGAGACGAAGGACCUGGAGCGGAAGACGUCAGACAAACAGUUGUAUCUGUACAACAUUCGUGACAUCGCUGAUCCGGCUGUUGUUCUGCGUGAGGGUGACGAAGUGGAGUUUAUUCCUCAGGUGGCACCAAAGACACGUCGCGCAGUUCACAUUCGACUGGUUGCCUCGCAUGCGAAGCAAGGUACUGUCACGCGCAUCACGGAAAAUCUUGGCGGUGUGAUUCGCUUAGAUGGCGACGAGCCAGUCGUCGAAGCCCGAUUUACUGCCCGAGGUGUGCUGCGUGGAGAUAUCUUGAGCGAGGGUGAUCGUGUAGAGUUUGCAUAUAGGCCACCUUCUGCUCCUUUCAUCAAGAACAUUACUUUAACGAGUGAAUCAGAAAAGAAGAAAGUAAUGUCCAAGGAUGAGAGCGAAGAAAGCACCGAAGAUUGUGCAGAAUUUGCGACGGAGCCUGUUCUGGGUCAUGCGUUGAGCGUCCUUCGCCUCUCCUUGUCACCAAACACGACUACAGCGCCUCAGCGGCGAGGCUUUCGUAUGGUGAACUCGACACUGAGAGAAGCCAUGCGCCAGGUUGGCGCUAACGCAAUGGUGGCGUCUAAAAUGGCAAAAGGCCCCAAUGGAACACGUGGCUUUGUUGAGGGUUGGGACUCCGACUCGGUGCAGACAACGGAGGCAUCGGUAGAGCAGAUCACCGUGGAGUCAUUAACUGCUGUGACAACACCUGCUAUCUUAGGUACAAUGAAGCAGAGUGAGGCAUAA